AUGGCAGCCGCCGUGACGACGGCACCACCCAGCCAGGAUGAACCUGCCACCAGCCAGGACGCACCGGUGCAGGGUACACCCAUCCGGGAUGCUCCUGCAGACGGUGUGGCCGCUGGCAGUGAUGCGGCUACUAGCAAGCAUAGCACCCAGAGCAACGGCGUGGAGAAGAAGGGCCAGAAGAAGCCGAGAGAGCAGAGACAAAGAGAGCAGAGGGAAAAGCAGAGCCAGGAGGCUCUCAUUACACCAGUAGGAGACAUGUGGCCGCGCCCGUAUGUGAUUGACGAGGAUCUGCGCCGCGUGGAGCCCUACCACUUCACGUACAACACGUGGUGCAAGGAGCGCUGGAGGGGUAGGACGUUGAUUGACAUCUUCGCGUCCGAGUUUCGCGACAGGCCCCUCGAGUACUACCGGGCCGCCAUGGAACGCGGCGACAUCUUCGUCAACGGCAAGGUGGUCGGCCCCGACUACGUGGUGCGCAACGGGGACAAGGUGUCGCACACGAUGCACCGGCACGAGCCGCCGGUGACGUCGGAGCCCAUCGGGGUCAUCCACGAAGACGACGACAUGAUCGUCAUCGACAAGCCGGCGGGAGUGCCGGUGCACCCUGCGGGGCGGUACAACUUCAACUCCAUCACGGAGAUCAUGAGGGCCGAGAGGGGCCCCGAUUUCUUCCCCUACCCGUGCAACCGGCUGGACAGGCUGACGAGCGGAAUCAUGUUCGUGGCCAAGAACAUUGCCGCCGCCGAGGCCCUGGGGGUCCAGAUAAAGGGCAGGUCGGUCCGCAAGGAGUACAUCGCCCGUGUUGUGGGGGAGUUCCCCGAGGGCGAGGUUGUGUGCGACCAGCCGAUCCUGUCGAUAUCUCCCAAGCUGGGACUGAAUCGUGUGCGCGCCAACGGCAAGUCUGCGAGGACCGUCUUCAAACGACUCGCGUACUACCCACCUCCGGGCGGGGGGUCCGUGGAGCCAGCCAGCGGCACCCCGGCAUCUGAAAAUCACAGUGCGGCGGCCGUAGGCGACAGCUCAACUCUGGUCGCCGCUGCGGCCGCAGACGACGGACGGGGAAGAAGCGGCGGAGCGGACGGAAGGGGCACGCCGUGGGUCAACAAGAAGGGCUACUCCAUCGUGAGGUGCCUGCCCGUCACGGGCCGCACCCACCAGCUGCGCGUGCACCUGCAACACCUGGGCCACCCCAUCCAGAACGACCCCAUCUACGCCAACAUGCGCGUCUGGGGGUUCGACCUGGGACAGGACGAUCCGGAUGGAACUCACACGACGGAUGAGGACGUCAUCAGCCGACUGUCCCGCAUGGGAAAGGAGGAGGUGGCCCAGGCGGUGGUCUACUACGACGAGAUGGUGGAAAAGUAUGAGAAGAGGCGCGCCGAGAAGAUGACGGGCGAGCUGUGCUCCGUCUGCCAGACCCCUCUCUACUCCGAUCCGGGUCCGCACGAGCUGUCUCUGUGGCUACACAGCCUGCGUUACGAGGAUGCCCACGGAUCCUGGGCAUACGUGAGCCCGCUUCCGAGGUGGGCUCUACCCCCAGAUGGAGUGAGUGGGCCUACUACCGUGGGUGGAAUGGAUGAGCUGGUGGAGGCUGUGAAGACGGAGAAUCCAGAGCUAGCAUCUUAG